ACCCUGAAACCAACAGCGUGUCCCUUUGGUUCCCAGAGCCUGAAGGACCCCAACCUGUCAGCCAGAAAAGACUUCCAGAGAGAAGCUGAGCUGCUCACCAACCUCCAGCACGACCACAUUGUUAAGUUCUAUGGGGUCUGUGUGGAUGGAGAUCCCCUCAUCAUGGUGUUUGAGUACAUGAAGCAUGGGGACCUCAACAAGUUCCUCAGAGUCCAUGGUCCAGAUGCUAUGAUCCUUGUGGAUGGCCAUCCCGUUCAAACUGACGGAGAGCUGGGUCUGUCCCAGAUGUUACACAUCGCUACCCAGAUCUCAGCCGGCAUUGUGUACCUGGCCUCCCAGCACUUUGUCCACAGAGACCUGGCCACCAGGAACUGUCUAGUGGGCAACGGGCUGUUGGUGAAGAUAGGAGACUUCGGGAUGUCCAGAGACAUCUACAGCACAGACUACUACAGGGUCGGAGGUCACACGAUGUUGCCGAUCCGCUGGAUGCCCCCUGAGAGCAUCAUGUACAGAAAGUUCACAACAGAAAGUGACGUUUGGAGCUUUGGAGUCAUCCUCUGGGAGAUCUUCACCUACGGGAAGCAGCCGUGGUUUCAGCUGGCCAACAACGAGGUCAUAGAGUGUUUAGUACAGGGUCAGGUCCUGGACAGGCCGAGGGUUUGUCCCAAGGAGGUGUAUGACCUGAUGCUGGCCUGCUGGCAGAGUGAACCACAGCAGAGGUUGAACAUCAAGGACAUUCAGAAGGUCCUCUAUACCAUGGGGAAAGACACACCUGUCUACCUGGAUAUACUCGGCUAGCACCACCUGGACGGAGUAGGGAGUUGAUCCUAGACACUCACCUUGGAUCAGUUUUGCAUUUCUCUAACCAAUGGUUAAGGUUAAGAUUGGGGAGGAGAAGCUGAUCCUAGACCUGUACCUUAGGGGAAACUUUACCCUGGAGCUUGCCUGGAUGUGUUGGGCUAAGAUCGUCUGGAUGUAAUGCUUGUCGGACAGACAGACUGAUAGACAACCAGGAAAUAACCAGCCAGCCUGUUCCUUACUGUUUCGCUGUCAACAGGAGCCUAAACGUUUGGGAAGGACUCAA